AUGGCAGCAGUGUUGGUUAAAACUCGUGGAAUAGGUGUUAAUAAUGCACUACCAUGGAGUAUUCCUGGAGAUUGGCAAUACUUUGAACAUGUUACCACAAAAUCAUACGGUGAUCAGCCAUUAGAUAAAACAGAUCCAACAGCCUGGAGUAACAUUGCCAUUAUGGGUCGUAAAUCAUAUGAGUCUUCUCCAAUGAAUGGAAUUCCAUUAGCCAAUCGUCUCAACAUCAUUGUAUCGAAGAAUAAGAACUAUAAAGUGCACCCAGACGCUACUUUGGCUUCAAGUUUGGAAGAAGCUUUUGCAAUGGCACAAGCUUUAGCAAAGAAAGACACACGAAUAUUCUUAUUGGGAGGACAAAAGGUGUAUGAAGAUGGUAUCCUACUAUCAGACUGCACACAUAUCCUCAUCACAAACAUAUACGAUCACUCUUCUACUCCUGUUCUAUGUGAUACAUUUAUGCCAGAAAUUGACCUUAAUAUAUACAGACUAGCCACACAUGAUGAGUUGCAGGAAUAUAUACAAGAAAACGAUAUCCCAAAAGGAAAGCAAAGACAUAUGGAUUUUGAAUAUGAGUUCUUGCUUUAUGUACGAAAAUGA